AUGCCUGCAACACAGAUUCAGAAGCCAUUUUCUUGUUUAGAAUGUGGGAAAUGUUUUAUUGAUAAAUCAAUUCUUGUUAAACAUCAAAGAAGUCACACAGGGGAGAAGCCAUUUUCUUGUUUAGAAUGUGGGAAAUGUUUUACUGAUAAAUCAACUCUUGUUAAACAUCAAAGAAUUCACACAGGGGAGAAGCCAUUUUCUUGUUUAGAAUGUGGGAAAUGUUUUAUUGAUAAAUCAUUUCUUGUUACACAUCAGAGAAGUCACACAGGGGAGAAUACAUUUUCUUGUUUUGAAUGUGGGAAAUGUUUUACUCAUAAAUCACAUCUUGUUGCACAUGAGAGAAUUCACACAGGGGAGAAGCCAUUUUCAUGUUCAGAAUGUGAAAAACAUUUUAUCUCUAAAUCAGAACUUGUUAGACAUCAGAGAACUCACACAGGGGAGAAGCCAUUUUUAUGUUCAGAAUGUGGGAAAUGUUUUACUAAUAAAUCAACUCUUGUUGCACAUGAGAGAAUUCAUACAGGGAAGAAGCCAUUUUCAUGUUCAGAAUGUGAAAAACAUUUCAACUGUAAAUCAUAUCUUGUUGCACAUGAGAGAACUCACACAGGGGAGAAGCCAUUUUCAUGUUCAGAAUGUUUGAAAUGUUUUACUAAUAAAUCAGCUCUUGUUAAACAUCAGAGAAUU